GAGAAGACAGAGGCGGAGAGGGUGAAAGAGGACGCUCUUGCACGCUCAGACGCCGUAUCUCCCGCCGUACAACCCUCACCUGCUACAGAGGCUCAACCCCAGUCUACACCUACCCCAACGGAACUUCCUCAAACACAAGCGCACGCAAGCCCUCUGACAACACAGAGCAACAUGCCCAUGUGGGUCAGCUUCUUCUCCGGAGGGCGGAACCUAGCACGACCAUUGAUCAAGCAGGGAGAGGGAAUGGAGGUCAUGAUGAUUCAUGAGGAGGCGACAGGUACGGGAGCUGGCGGGGGUGUGGGAGGUCCUGUUGGCACUGGUGCGGUAGGCGGUGCGGGUAGUGGGAGUGGGACGACAUCCAGUGUGACUGGGAGUGGGAUUGGUGGCAGUGGUGCUACUGCUCCGACAGCACAGGCUGAUGCCGGGACAUCUCCAAGACCCUCAUCGGCCCAUCCCCAACAUAUCAUGAACGCCCCCAAUUCUACCACUGCUAAGGAAGGAUCGAAGCGCAGUACUGCUCAAGAAGCUGCCAAAGCUGCCUGGACUGCCAAGGAAGCGGUAAGGGCGGCUCGGUGCGCGUCUAAGGAGCCUCUCAAGCCCGGUCCUGGGGAGAAAGAUGUGGGAAAAGAUGUCAAACCGAGCAGUCUGCCUAAGGAUACGCUCAAGACUACUCUGGUCGGUGGAAUGGGGAGUAAGCCAGGGAGGAUUAAAGCGGGCACAUCACCUGCUCCGACGCCUGAGCCUAAAGAUGUCCCUGGCCCUCCGCUCACUGUCAACCCCAAGCUUAAGAAGGCACUUGCGGACAGUAAGCGUGCUGUUUCUGUGACAGCCAAGAAGGACAAGGCCGAGCCUGCACCGCCUUUGCCGAACUUCCUCCUACCUACAUUCCAGGCCGCGGACGGGAAGCCGUUUGGCGCACUGAAGAAGACGAUGCGCUACGUGAACAAGUUCCUUGGCGCGCCGCCCAGUUACUGCCCAGUGCUGAUCGAUCCUGAGCUGGCGGAGUAUCAGCGCCGUCUGGAGAAGGGCAAGGGACGGGAAGGAGAAGAGGUACCAGUUCCCCUCUCGGCUAGCAGCAAAGCGAUGCAGGAAAAGUCCCAGGUAAAGCGAAUGAAGCUUGAGGGCAUGCCAGCGCUGAUGCCUCGCAGCUGGGCUGUCAUCGGCGUUGACCGGCUUGGUGAGAUGAGGGCUGUCAGGCGGGCUGUCAUCGUUGGUAUCCAUGGCUGGUUUCCCGGAGGGAUGUUGAGGAGUGUGCUGGGAGAGCCGACGGGGACGAGUGCAAAGUUCGCCCAGAUGCAGAGGGAUGCCUUGUUGGAUUCCCUUCGUAAGCUCUCAGAAGCACGCAUCAAGCUUGAUACACUCACAGAGAUUCCCCUCGAAGGGGAGAGAACAAUCGCACACAGGUUGGAGAAACUCUACUCGACACUCAAGUCUAACGAAAUGUGGAUGAACGACAUCCACCAAGCCGAUGUCAUCCUCUUCGCAUGCCAUUCUCAGGGAUCGAUCGUGACUUGCCAGAUCAUGGACCGGUUGCUCGAGGAAGGGCACAUCUAUACUGGUUACCCGGAGCAGACUGCGGGUGAGACGAUCGUAAAGCUUGAGACCCAAGGACCAGCCAUCCCGAGGAAGGUACAGCGAGUCGUUUGCCUCGCGCUGUGUGGAAUCCAUCUCGGCCCGCUCCUCUACCUCAAUACCAGCGUCCUCACACAGCCUUGGCUUCAUUAUGUGGAGACGGCUGCAGCGCGUGAGCUCUUCGAUUUUCAAGAUACGGUGAGCGACGUGUCGAAGCGAGUGCUCGACCAUGGCUGCAAGCUCAUCUACAUUGCUUCGCUCAACGACCAAGUUGUGCCCAUCUACUCUCGCGCGUUUGUGAACGCCUUAUAUCCGCUCAUCCUUCGCGGUCUGUACAUCGAUGGCGAUGCCUACAGUUCGACAGACUUCCUCACUAACCUCCUUGUCCUCUGCCUUCGCCUGCGAAAUGCGGGCCUCACCGAUGGAGGCCUUGUUGUCCACCUGUCCAAAGCGAUAGCUGGCUCGCCCAACGGCGUCGGCCACAGUUCUACCAACAACACUCCCGGACCGCUCCCUCCUCUCGAGCUGGAGCCUUUCUCUGCACGCGAGUCGUCUAAUGACUACGAAAUACCGUGGAUCCUGAACGAACUUGUCACUCACCCCGCCGCACAAGAAUGGUUCCUGUCUGAGAUUGAGGAGCUCCGUGCAGCGUUUGACGACUGGAAGCCAAAGACUGCAGCACUGAGGGAUAUCAGGAAGAAGCUAGAACCUCUCAAGCGGAAGGGACGGGGGACUCAAUCGGAUUGUU